UGCUUUGUCCGGAGCAGCUGCGGGUGGUCACACAGAAAUUGUUAAGAUACUUCUGGAUAAGGGAGCCGACGUAAAUGAGUCAAAUGGUUUGUCCGCAGCAGCUGGAGGGGGUCACAUAGAAAUUGUUAGGAUGCUCCUGGAUAAGGGAGCCGACGUAAAUAAGGCCUAUCCUUUGAUUCAAGCAGCAUCCAGAGGUCAUGAAGAUACCGUUCGGCUUCUUUUGAGAAAUGGAGCUGAUUGGAAUCAGCUGGAGGUUUUGAAAGAGGCAGUAGCAAAUGACAAAGCAAAUGUUAAUGAAGAAUGGAUAUACAAGAGACUAGAUCAGGAUCGGAUUGCCAUGAUCAAGAAGAGUUUAUCGUUAUCAUCGAAGUCAGAUAUGCUACAGAGUAGCGAGGUCAAGACGGAAGUAUCAUCAUCAUCAUCGAAGUUACCCGUCAAAGCACAGACAGUGAAAGAAGAUCAAUUAGAUCAGCAGCAGAAGCAGCAACAACAACAACAACAACAACAGCAACAGCAACAACAACAACAACAAAAACAACAACAACAACAGUUCAGGGCGGGAAUAGCUGAUAAUGUUGAAACCCCUUGUAACAUUACUAUAACGGUAGUUGGCCACAAAGGAGUUGGAAAAUCCUGUUUUGUGAAACAAAUCCAGAAAGAAUACAUUCCGGAAGGUGGGCCUACUUCAACCAACACCGCUGACUUUUAUGUUAAUUACUUAGCUUACGAUCCGAACAGCGGUUUCCGAAAGAAACUUGAUGAAAAUGGGGAAGAGGAGACUGGUCGGAUAAGAAUUAAAAGGAUCAUAGAUCGAUACCGAAUAGAUCGAUACCGAAAACAAGCGAAGUCUGAUAAAGAAUCUCCUGUAAGUGUGAUCUAUCUUCGGGACCAGGGUGUUAAAGAUCAACCAGCAUCUCUCACCAAAGCAAAAGUGAGAAAUGAAGUCGCAUCAACGUCAUCAUCUGCAACAAAAUCUGCACACGAACCAUCAUCUCCAUCUUCAUCGACAAAACCAGAAGAUCGCCGGAAAAGGAAAUCGCAUUCGCAUCUUUCCCGUUCAAAUGAUAUGAAGCGUAUGAAGUUAUCUUCCGAACAACAAAAUGUUAUAGAAGAGAUUAUGCAGACUGAAACUGAGGAAAAAGACAAGCAGACGGAGGGCUUCAUCACAAUCUAUGAUUUUGGAGGAGAGAAAGUGUUCUAUAACACCCAUCACUGUUUUAUGUCAAGUAACAUGGUCUUCGUUCUGGUGUUCGACGUGGCGAUGUGUCUUGAUCCUACAAGGUCAAAGGAUGGCUAUGAAAGGAUCGAAACCUGGUUGAGGUCUAUUGCUACCUAUGCUAUUGACCAAGCCGCCGGUGGUAAAGGGACGCCUCCCGUAAUCCUGGUUGGAUCUCACUUGGAUAAAGUUUCUCAAGAUGAACAAAAACAGGAAGAAGCAUUUGGCGAAGUGCUGAACAAAUUGUACGAGAACCCUGUACUAAGUGCAAUUAUGGAAAAUCACGUACAGGAAAUGUAUCCAAUCGCCAACCUGAACGAUUCUGAAAAGAAUCAAGACCUAUACGAGGUGGUAUGGAAAAAGGUUAUAGAGAUUGCUCCGCUUCAAUCGCAGUGGAAGAAACCUAUACCCGCAAGAUGGCUGGCUCUGCAACACCAGCUGAUUAAACGGAAAAAUGCAGGGAAUGUGAUUCUAACGUACGAAGAAUUGUUGGAAAUCAACAACAAGUCAGCAAUCCCGUUGGCCGAACACGAAGUCACAGAUUUUCUUAGGAAUUUGAUAUUUGCUGGAUUCCUCUGCUUCGACUUUGGAAGUCUGAGACCUCUGGUCGUUUUAAGACCUCAGUGGGUAAUAAACGGCUUCAAAAGCAUUAUCACAGAUUCAGGUUUCAUGACAGGCCUAUCGACGAAGCUAAAACUCCAGUGGACACAAUAUGAGAGAACUGGUGUCCUUAAACUCGACCUGAUCCGGCAACUUUGGGAACGAAACGACGACAAAAGCUUCUUUGAAAACAUGAAAACGCUCUUCAACAUCAUGGAAACACUUGGCUUGCUAGCAAAUCCAUUGCUAGAUAUUUCAAAUGAAGAGGUUGAUUACUUCAUAGUGCCAAGUAUGCUCCGGCCGGCGGAUCCCGAAAUUAUUCGAUCAGUACUUGAUGACCAUGAAACCGUUGCCACUGUCACUCUUUGUUUCAAGUUCGACAACCCAUUCAUUCCGCAAGCCGUAUGGGACAAGAUGGUCGCUGCCUGCCUCCACAACUUCCAGCGACUUAAUGAGCGCGGCCAUGACGGUUCAAAGUUUAUCCAACGCGGAUUUGUCUGCCUGUCUGUAGACUUUCUGUGGAACGUGAUUGUCAACUGCAAGGAAAAUGUCAUGAAAAUUACCAUGUUUAAGAAGGAUACGGAUCAAUCAGUUCCAACAGGAGCCGGAGUUAACCUACGCAGCAUUCUAGAAUUUCAUCUUAACAGGAUUCUAGAAUUGAAUCACCAGAGUCAUCUCAAAUACCAGUUCUACCUCCACAACGACUACCGUUUCUCGGCCGAGGACAAGAUGGUGAAGGUAGACAAUCUCCGACAGACAUCACGCCUACAAUGCCACAGUUCUGAUAAGAGCCGAUGGCUAGAAAUAGAGGCCAUACACAUCUGGUUCAAACACCCAGACCAGAAGAGGGCACGGACCCAGAGAAGUCAUGUCGACUCAAUGAAGGAUCUACCGGAUAGAAAUUUGUCAGUCAAAGAGAUGGGUCGACUGUCCAGGUACAUCAGCUUUUCUUAUCAGAUUUUCUUUGUCAAGCUGGACUGCCCUUAUGAAGUACUGGAACAGAAAAAGGCAGAAAACCAUGGAUUCUCCGUUAGAUCUCUCAUAACGAAGAUCUUUAUUUACCUCCUUCAAACGGACGCGGAUGUUACAUUCACAAGAAUCGCAAAUGCUAUGUCAGAACAUGGCUUAGAUCCAGAAACACUGUAUAACAUCCUUGACGACAACAGGAAUACGUUGUUUAAUGACGACACUUUGUCAGAGGGAUUGUUACAGAAAUGCCUAACUGUACAUGACGUUCCGGUCAUAGCCGAACACGUGAAACCCAAAGACUACUUCAACCUGUUCCUUGAGCUCGGCUUCACGCCAAAAAGAGUUGACGAGUUUGACGUAGACUUCAGAAACGAUACAAGUCCCAAAAGGAUCAGUGCAAUGGUUGAGGAGUUCAUUGAAAACCACAGUCGACGUCCAGCUCUAAACACAGUUCUGCUUGCGAUGGUGGAAUGCGACAUGGACACGAAGUCCCUAAUCCAAGCCUUAACUCAAGCAAAGUGAGACCAGGACAGCCAAUUAGAUGUAGGAGACUUGGAGCGAGUCACAGACUGUCUGUUGGUGUUCUGACGUUGAAAUGCGGCCAUAUUAGAACGGAUUGAAUAUCUCUCGGGAUGGAUCCAGGUUCAACAAGAAAACAAGUCAUGAAAGGUCAACACGUUAUAAGUGACAUUAAAGACGUCAAUUUUGGAAAUGUGAUGAUUCUGGAUCGACCGUGUUUGUCAUGACCCUUACCCUACCCUAAAACUUAUCCGGACGCGUGUCUAUAGAUAGCGGUUGUGUUUCUCAGCAACAAUACAAUCGUUACACCCAUUGGAAGCUUUCUCGAGAAACUCAAAUCCGACCAUGCAAAGGUGCUCGUGCUUGAACGCCGACAUAAACAUGCAGAUUCUACAUUUACAGUUUAUUGCAUGUAAGAUAAUGCUGCCCUGUUUAGAAAAAAAACGAGCUAUUUUCCAACAUUGCCUCAAAGGAUGCAAUCUAACGCCCUAAUAUGAAAAACUGUAUAUCAAAAGUAAAAUACCACUGAAAGAGCAUUCAAUGAUAGAGAGUUCUCAUCUUGACAGCCUUAAUAAGGUAUCAUACAAUCGUCAAUGAGUCUCGUACCGAUUCUAGACUGCUGUUAAUGUAGGGAUUCCAAUAAGUUUGUUUUUUUUGCUUUACCUGUUGAAAAAAAAUAUUAGAUACAAUUUUGAGGAAUUUGGGAAAAAGGCCUCUCUCUUGAAAGUCUUUUCGAGCAAAUGCAAGUUUCAACUUUUUUAAGGACUUCGUUUUUCAUACGUAAAUAGGUUCAAGUAGUGAAUGUGUAUGUGGUGGGGGAAUGAUUUGAUUGAAUGAAGUGUGAGUGAAGGUGUGUGUGGGUGGAUGGAGGGUGGUAUGUAAAUGUAUGUGUGUGUGAGUGUAGGAGGGUGUGUGUGUGUGUGUGUGGGUGUGGGGGGUGUGUGUGUGUGGGUGUGUGUAGGAGGGUGUGUGUGUCGUUUUAGUAAGUGAUUAAUGACUACUACUUUCCGCGGAUACCAGACCUUUCAGUCUAUGAUUACAUUCGGGUUUUACAUUCAUAUUUAUAAUAUCAUAUUAACAUUAUUACAUUUAUAUUCUAAUUGUAUGAUUUUAACUGCAAUGUUUUGUUCAAAAUCACCUGCAGUAGCAAUGCAAAUAAAUUAAUUUUACUCAUUUUAGUUUGAUAAAUGUAUAUUAUAUUGCCUACAAUCCUAUUGAAAACAUGAUAGUGAAACACCGUAUGUGGUAUAUAAACACAUUUUGUUUCUUUCUUUCGUCAGUGUUAUUGUUUUACAUAUAUUUGAUGAUGGAAUCUAUUUUAUAUAUAAUAAUUUGUUGGUCUAUAGUGUCCGAACAAUAGUAAGGAUUUUUUUAUUUCAAUGAUAGACUUCUGCCUGUAGAGGAUGUUACAUACUGAACAUUAUCAUUUUCGCUGUAAAUAUAUUCAGAAACAAAUUACUGUAAGUCGAUAAACAAAUCACUGUAAGUAGAUAAACAAAUCACUGCAAGUGUAUAUAUCAGAGUGGUGUAAUCCUAGAUAUAUUAUACAUUUGUAUAUAUAUUGUUAUUUUAAUAAUCUGACCAAUAUUGUCAACAAGGUUUUUUUUAUAUACCCAGACGUUACUAUAUGAUGAACAUUAUAUAACGUCGAUAGGGUCCAUGGUGAAUAAGGUCGUUGAACUGGA